CGCAUCCGCACCGCCGCACCCGCACCGCCGCACCCGCACCGCCGCAAGGGGGCGGCGGGGCGCGGCACAGCGAAGCGCAGCGCCGGCUGCGCACCCGCAGGGGCCGUGACCGGCAGGGGGCGGGGCGGGCUCGAGGCGCGCGCGGCCGCCGGUGCAUGCGGCGCGGGCCCAGGCCCAGGCCCUGGCCCAGGCCCGAUGGCGGCCGCUGCUGCCAUGUCCCUGGGUAAUUACAGCAGCCUGAACCGGGCCCAGCUUACCUUCGAAUACCUGCACACUAACUCAACUACCCAUGAGUUCUUGUUUGGUGCCCUUGCUGAACUUGUAGAUAACGCCAGAGAUGCAGAUGCCACGAGAAUAGACAUUUAUACUGAGCAACGAGACGACCUACGAGGUGGAUUCAUGCUGUGUUUUUUGGAUGAUGGAACAGGAAUGGAUUCAAAUGAAGCUGCCAGUGUUAUCCAGUUUGGUAAAUCAGCCAAGCGAUCACCUGAGUCCACUCAAAUCGGGCAGUAUGGGAACGGCUUGAAAUCGGGUUCAAUGCGCAUUGGGAAGGAUUUUAUCCUGUUCACAAAGAAAGAUAACACCAUGACUUGCCUCCUCUUAUCACGGACGUUCCAUGAGGAAGAAGGCAUCGACGAGGUCAUCGUUCCCCUACCCACCUGGAACGCAAGGAGCCGUGAACCCGUGACGGACAACAUGGAGAAAUUUGCUAUUGAGACGGAGCUCAUUUACAAGUAUUCCCCUUUCAAAUCAGAAUGGGAAGUGAUGGACCAGUUCAAUAAGAUACGUGGUGAGAAAGGCACUCUGGUGAUCAUCUUUAACCUCAAACUAAUGGAUAAUGGAGAGCCAGAGCUGGAUGUGACUUCUGACCCUCAGGAUAUUCAGAUGGCAGAAACACCCCCAGAGGGAACCAAGCCGGAGCGGCGCUCCUUCCGUGCCUAUGCUGCUGUGCUUUAUAUUGAUCCCAGGAUGAGGAUCUUUAUCAAUGGACACAAAGUACAAACCAAACGACUCUCAUGCUGCCUCUACAAGCCAAGGAUGUACAAAUACACUUCAAACCGUUUCAAGACCCGUGCAGAGCAAGAGGUGAAGAAAGCAGAGCACAUGGCGAGGAUAGCGGAAGAGAAGGCUCGUGAGGCGGAGAGCAAAGCCCGUGCCCUUGAGCUGCGCCUCGGAGGGGAUCUCACGCGGGAGUCCAGGGUGACCUUGCGUCAGGUCCAGAACUCGGCCAUCACCAUGCGGCGGGAGGCUGAUGUCAAGAAAAGGAUUAAGGAUGCAAAGCAGCGGGCGCUGAAGGAGCCCAAGGAGCUGAAUUUUAUCUUUGGGGUGAACAUUGAGCAGCGCGAGCUGGAUGGCAUGUUCAUUUAUAACUGCAGUCGACUGAUCAAGAUGUAUGAGAAGGUGGGCCCACAGCUGGAGGGUGGCAUGGCAUGUGGAGGAGUGGUAGGCGUGGUGGAUGUGCCCUAUUUGGUUCUGGAGCCAACCCAUAAUAAACAAGACUUUGCUGAUGCCAAGGAGUAUCGACACUUGCUAAAGGCCAUGGGAGAGCAUUUGGCUCAGUAUUGGAAGGAUGUUGCAAUAGCCCAGAGAGGUAUCAUCAAGUUCUGGGAUGAAUUUGGUUAUUUAUCAGCAAACUGGAACCAGCCUCCGUCUAGUGAACUGCGCUACAAGCGCAGGAGAGCCAUGGAGAUCCCCACCACAAUUCAGUGCGAUGUCUGUCUGAAGUGGCGGACUCUCCCGUUCCAGCUGAGCUCAGUGGAGAAGAACUACCCUGACAACUGGGUGUGCUCCAUGAACCCUGAUCCUCAACAAGACAGAUGCGAGGCUGCAGAGCAGAAGCAGAAGGUACCACUGGGAACUCUAAAAAAAGACUUGAAAUCAAAUGAGGAAAAGCAGAAACAACUGUCACAGAAAAUCCACCAGCAGCAGAAAAAGCUGGAAGCUCUGCAGAAAACCACUCCAGUUCUAUCUCAGACUGAUUUAAAGAAACUGCCUCUGGAAGUGACUACACGGCCUUCAAGGGAGCACACCCGAACUCAGCGCCCACGAUCUCCUCCUUUGCCUGAUGUAAUCAAGAAUGCUCCCAGCAGGCCACCAGGAUCUUCACCUCCUCACAAGUCCUGCACUCAGCUGAAAAAGAGCUCUUCAGAUCGUCCAAAUACCAGCUCCCCCAAGCUAGCCAGCAUGCUCUUCAAGGAGGAGGCCAGCACUUCCAGGACACACCAUCACACUGUGACAGCUGGGAAGUCUAACAGCACUUUAAAAACUCUUGCCAAACCAGGUACAAGCAUGAAGUCGCUCUCUGGCCAACAGAGCCCCAAAAGCUCACGUGAGACACCCAAUCCAAAAGCAGCCAAAGUGCCAGCAGUAAGGAAAUCUGCCUCUGGCAAAAGUUUACAGGCCUCCAGCACUCGAAAAAGGGCCUUGAACAUCCCAGAGGAUGGGUCUGAGGAGGAGGGUGAGCCUAAAAAGGAGAGGACAAAACGAGGAAAAGUUUUGGCAAUGAAAGAAGACAAGGAUUCCAAUGAGGUGGUGGUGGAGCUCACAGACAGUGCUGGAGAGGAAGAGUUGUUGGAACUGAAGAAAGCACAGAAAGAUAAGGGGGUGCACGUGGAAGUGCGUGUGAACAAGGAAUGGUUCACAGGCCGUGUCACAGCUGUGGAAAGGGUCAGGCAUGCAAUCCGGUGGAAGGUGAAGUUUGAUUAUGUUCCUACAGACACCACACCAAGGGAUCGCUGGGUAGAGAAGGGCAGUGAGGAUGUAAGGCUUAUGAAGCCUCCCUCUCCUGAGUACCAGGCUCCAGACACACAGCAGGAAGAGGAGGUGGUCAUGGCUGAACCUUCUACCUCGGAUUGCAUGAGAAUCGAGCCUGACACCACUGGUCCCAGCAGCAGCCAAGAAACAGUUGACUUACUAGUCCAGAUGCUUCGGAAUUGUUUGCGAUACUUCUUGCCUCCAAGUUUUCCAAUCUCCAAGAAUGAGCUGAGUUCCAUGAGCUCAGAAGGGUUGUUGGCAUUUCCCUUGAAAGAAUAUUUUAAGCAGUAUGAGGUGGGUCUGCAGAACCUGUGCAAUUCAUAUCAGACACGUGCCGAUGCCCGGGCCAAAGCCUCUGAGGAAAACCUCCGGAACUUAGAAAGGAAGCUGAGGGAAACAGAGGAGAAACUGCAGAAGUUGAGGACUAAUAUCAUGGCCCUUCUACAGAAAGUGCAGGAGGACAUUGAUAUUAAUACGGAUGAUGAACUGGAUGCAUAUAUUGAGGACUUGAUCAUGAAAGGAGACUGAGCAGCUCCAGUACAAGUCAUGAAGAAGUGCAGAAGAGCUGGCUGCUGCAAAGGGAGAUGUGGAUCUCUCUGUGGGUGGACUGAGGCAGCUGAUAAGGAGAGUUUUUUUGACAGUGCUCAUGUUGGUGUACAACUUGUUCCUGUGACUGUACAUGAGAAAUAUUUGUGCUGUUGGCAGGAAAAUUUUUAACUUUGUACUUCUCUGAAUCUCUUCCUUUUGUUUAUAAAUAUUUAUUUUUAAAAGAAA